UUUUGUACUUGCUUAAAUACGGUUAUAGACACAGUAGGAAGACGCCACUAUCAGCUUUUUUGAUUACCAAAUUCACUAUCGUGACUGAAAGGGCUAAAUAAGUUUUUACUUAAAUUUAAAGCGUAAUGAAAAGGAAAAUAUCCCCACAAUUUUAUUCGUGAAUACAUCAUUUAUUUAGCCAGUACAAAGUAUUCAGUGAUUCCGCAAACCUCGUCCCUCUCGUUGAAAGCACCAGCCAAACCCAUUUCGUGGAAAAUCGAAGCCACCUAUCAGAACGUCGGCGAAAAGAAGCACGGAGGUCACGGAGUGUUGUAGUGCUAUUCGAAGUGAUAGCUGGAAUAUUAGACCUAAAGUUCAUGAACUAAGCGAAUAAGCGACGACAUAAACGUUAAAUAGAAGCUAAUAUCUAUUUGUUCAGUAAAUUUGUGACCACAAGAAGCACUGUUAUCAAUGCAGUUAACGGUCAAAGGCAAACAAUACCAAAAAACACAACCUUUUAACCAACUUUAGCGUUUUUGGUUCUUGGUUCUUGGUGUGUAUUUUGUAUUGGUUUUAAAAUGUAAACUGUUGUUUGAAAAUCUUCGAUUGAAUGUGCCACAAAGUGUCGAUUGCUUUAUGUGCUACAUUAAUAAAUUGUUAUAACAUAUAGACAUGUGUGUUGGUUAGAAAUUCAUAUAUGUACAAUAAACAGUUAAGAAACUGUGUUAAAUACAUAUAUGAAAGAAGAAGCAAUAAAAUUGACAUUGACUCAAGAAGGAAAAGCGUGCGAAUGACAUUUCUGCUGGUCGGCUAAAAUACCAGGGAGAGCACGCAAUAUUUAUUUGCCAAAGAGCGCAAGUGUUUACAAACCAACAGUGAGAGAAGUAUUCCUGCAUUUGUAUGUAAAUAAAAAAUUAUAAACGAGAACAACCCCAAAAAGUUAGAAUAUCCUUUAGUAGAAAACGUGCAUUCUCAAAGUUACAACACAGUCGUCGGAUUUAAGCUGCGGAAAAGAGUCGAACCAAAUCUGAAACUCCAAUAAACGUCAAUAUUUUGCAAAUAAAAGUUUGUUGACAAAUUGUUUAGCUGUUCAAAGCGAAAACAGCUGUGAAGUUGACCAACAGCGCUUAUUAGUCAUUUCCAACGAGCUCGUCAACUAUACUUUCGCAAUUUAUUUUGCUACUUUGUAGAAUAAACCCGAUUUUCAACAAUGAACCCGACCCAGCAAGAUUGCCAGUGCAUUUGACACACGCCAAAUAGAUGUGGUAACAAAAGAAAAAUAACAAAAACAACGAAGCGAAAAAGACGCAGUUGAAUUGCAAACGUCAAUAUAAAUAAAAAUAAAUCUCACACACUCAUUAGAUAAACAACACUGCUGUGAGACAGUCGCGAAGAAACAAUUUGAAUUAUUUUUAUUUUGUUUUUUAGUUUGUUCUCGUUUUUUUUACUAAAACAAAAUAAUGCAAUAAUCAUAAGAAAAAGAAAUUUUGCUACAAAAUUUAAUGUAAAAUACUUGAGCCAUUUUUGGUGAACUAUACGAGUAUACAUUUUUAAUUGGUCAAUACGCUCAGCCAAGGGAAAUCUACCUGCCGCAUGUGGAUUCUAUCGGUGCUUGUGAUUCUGCCAAAGACGUUGUUGGAGCUGACGACGCCGCACUGCAAUAGUGCAACCAAAUUCAAAGCGAAGCUCGUCAGACACCAAUUGUCAGCAGAAAUAGUUGCAGCUAAAACGCCAGCAAAAACAACAUUCGUAGCAGCCUUAGCGCCCAGCAGCAGCAGCAGAUACAAAAAGAACAACAAUAACAAUAGCAGCAGCAGCAGCAGUGUAGCAGAAACAACUGUAGCCUUUAACCCAAAGCAAUAUUCUAGCCAAUUAAUAGUCGAGUGUGUGCCCAUCGCAUUUUUAGUAUCCACAUCGUUGUCGCCAUCGACGGUGUCUCCGUUAUUCAUCGACAUUGUAUUUAUUUUCAUUGCAUCGCUUAUUAAUUUACGCGUCCAACAUUUCCACCACAACGCGGUUAAAUCGAAGUUAGUAUUCUUGAUGAAUGACUUUCGCAUAAAAUCACUUUAUAAGCCAACAACAACAACAACAGCAACAGUAGCAACUGACAGUGGAACAGAAUUAACUGUAAUAUUAUCAAAAAUAUUAAGAGCUAUUAGAACAGUGUUAGAAAACAAUAAUAAUAACAACAAUAGCAGCAACAGCAAUAAUAUAAUAAAAUCUAUAAUCGAGACAACAACAACAGCGUUAACCAAUCAAAUCCCACGCAUUAGUAAAGCUAUCCCUGAAGCCCCCCUCUAUUCAUUAUUACCAUCAGUAAAUAACCAAAACAACAUCACGGUGGCCGCCUUUGUACAAUUACGACUUUUUAAUAAUAACUCCUUCUCGUCGAACAAUCAUCGUACUUACAAUAACGGCAGUAAAUCGAAUAAAGUAUUUCUACACUAUACACCACGUGAUCCGCGUUUAAGAAGCGCCAGUGAAAAUCAAGAGAUUUUCAUCAAUAAACACCAGUUCGAUAGUGUUAGUGAAUUGAAAAUAACUGAAGAUUUAUGCGCUUAUGGCGAAGUUAUCGGAGGUACCUCCGCAAUAAUAAUACAAAUUAUUAGUGCUAAUUUACCAAUACACUGUGAUUGUAAUAAAAUUAUUAAUUGUUGUAAACAUACUUGUAAUAUUAAUAAGAAUAAUAAUAGCAAAUUUGAAAGUGAAAGUGCGAGUGCGAGUGCGAGUAACAACUUAAACAUUAGUGAUCAUUCGCGUAGUAAAACUAUUUCGGCUGUCAACUCUCACAAACUAAUAUAUAAGAAGAUACAAAGGCAAACACACAACCCGACCGCAGAGUCACCCGAAGUGGAAAAUAAGUUCUUGUGGAACUCACAGCUUGAGCUCCAAAAAUUUAACUCAUUGAAGUGCACAGUUGGUAUUCUGCUUUGAGUGUAAGGUCGAGCAUACCGUGCA